GAUUGAUCCACAAAUCUCAAUUACAUCAAGUAGUGACUUGUUAAUAUAAAUUCUCGAUGUGGUGCCAUAAGCAUAACUACUUCCUAACUUGAUGAAGAUGUUUGUCUGAUGUCAACUGUCUGUCAGCUUUGUCCAAUCCAAAGAAACUCUGACACCUAGACGUACUGAAAAUGAAGACCAGGAGACGAGAAGGCACCACUCGCGAGCGUUGUAUAGGUAGAGUAGUGACUCCCUUCUAUCUGUCUGUGUACCGCGCGUGACUCUUCACGGUAGUAGCCGCGCGGCAAUCUUCUGUCUGUGUACCGCGCGUGACUCUUCACGGCAAGUGUGGACCUAACGCCGUUCAAUUGGUCUCGUGAAGAGAUCCAGAGAAAUACUGAGAAGUACAAUACUACAUCAGCAUCAUAGUACUCAGCAUCAUAGUACUCAGCAUCAUAGUACUCAGCAUCAAAGAGUAGUAUAUAAUCAAAGAGUAGUCGUCAACAUCAGGUGCUGAGUAGAAGUAGUAUGAUAUCAAAGAGUACUAGUCAACAUCAUUCACAGACAGCGUCAUAAUACCGCGAAGUCUCUCAUCAAAUUCUUCAUUUUUUGUAGGAAUGGCCAGUCUGGGCAAGUCAGGGAAAGUCGUGUUGACACACAUGUGUUGAAUAGGUUCACUGCAGCCACACAACGUAUUCUAGCUGCGAAACGAAUUCUUGCUAAAGCCAAGUCAAUCUUCUAGCUAAAGCAAGACUAACUUCGAAAGUAACGUGUGGUCUUCGUAGUCGGAAUUCCACCUAAUGUAGUCCGACUACGAAGACCACUGUAUGGUAGUCCAGUACAAGUCCAGCUUCGCGCUUGGACCAACGACAACGGAGUAAAACUUCAGGGUAGGUUAGAGGUGCUUUGGGUAGGUUAGAGGUGCUUUCGUUGCCGUUUGUCAUGGCUCUCCUAAGCCUUCGAUAGACAAGACAUCCGACAUCGCCACACAAAGCAGUAGCAUCGACGUCACUUGAAAGAAGCACUCACGGUCCCGUCCGAGGCAAUAUUCCACUAACUAUAGCACUAAAAAUAGCGUCAACAUCAGAUCAAAUCUUCAGUACUACGAGGAUCAUUUUUUCCCCCGCUCCUACCAGACCACUUCCACUAAUAGCGUCAACAUCAGAUCAAAUCUUCAGUACUACGAGGAUCAUUUCCACUGCUGCUCCUACUAGACGUAGACCACGUCCAGCACAACUUGGCUACUGUACUAGAGGGGAUCAACAUCCUUCUAAGUAGUACAGUACUACAACUAGUUUUUUUUCGUCCACGCUUGACCCUCCUCCGACAAGGUCAAAGCAUUUCUAAGUACGUCUAGUUCCUUCCUUCCACAGUCGACCACCUCCACUUCCUUCCACAGUCGACCACCUCCACUUCCUUCCGCAGUCGACACUAAGUAGUACAGUACUACAACCCGACCACAAGAGGAUGGCGGAAGUGAAUCCAAACGACGUAAAGCUACCUCCGGGUUUUGUGGUGGUACCUUCUGCCUCUCGACCAGGCAAAGUCAGUUACUUGCACAAAGCAACGAGUAAGAAGUACAUGACGCUGCAGCAAACAUGGGAUAUCUACAAUGCAGAGAAAGGGGCUGCGCCUGCUGCCAGUGCACAAAAUUAUGAAGGUGGAAAACUACAUAGACUGCAUUAUACUUUUGACAUUUUUUGAAAAUAUGCAAGCACCUCUUGUUCUAGAAAAGUUUUUUCGGACAACUACGUACGUUAACUGACGUACGCACCUAAGUACUUCUUUGGGCUAGACUCAGCGGAGCCUUCUACCCAGGUGUCAGCGUGUUUCAUCUCGUUGUGCGUUGUAGCAAUCGUGCAUUCUUUCUAUAAAUGUGUAGUCAGCGUGUUUCUUAUUGUGCGUAGCAGUACAGUCUAUGUGUUCAUACUGCCUUUCGAUUAGGAGGAGCGAGACCAUCGAAAUUCGACCAUGUUUUUACACCAUCACCGGAGCAGCUUAAGCAGGUACUACAAAUUAUAGGGUAGAUGCAUACUCUGAGUCUGAGGAGUGAGGACCAUUUGAAAAUAAGUACUCUAAUAGAUCCGCUAAGGAGAACGAAAAAUUAUUUGUCUUACAAAGCGAAAGCACCAUGAUCCAUCGUUUGAUGCCUCUUCAGUCACUCUGCUCUGCAAAUUAAGAAUCUUGAGAUGAUUCAUAAGCGUACUAGUUUUUCACUCCACCUAGUUUUUCACUUACACUUUGUCUACUUGCAAAAAUAAAACCAGGUCCAACAAGUGCUUAGCACUGCGGAAGGGACCACCCGCGCCGGAAAAGCGUGGUUUAAGAGGUACAACACGGGGAGUCCGGGUAUGCUGUCCUUGGACGAGCUCCGGAAAUUGAUCGAGGAUCUCAAUCGAGAGGUGGGCCUUCCGCCACUUAACGACGAUCGAUUAUUAGAGGCGCUUUUCACCAAAUUCGAUACGAAUAAGAAUUUAUGAGUACCGCACAUGAUGCUCAUUGAUUGUAGUUAUGACCCUACUUAUAAGCACCCCUUCUAGUUCUAGAUCCUCUCUGUGCUCAAUGAUCAAAAGUUUCUAGUUGUGGCUUUGAAGCUCUCUAUCCAUACUUACAUUGAGGGGGGUAAGUAGAGUAUUGAGUAUCUUCCGUAGCAGGAGGACUAUAGCGACCGUCUGAUAGACUUGUCUCUUUCUGUAGCAGUAACAGUAUAAUUUUUUCUGUAGCAUUCAGUUUCUUUCUUUUAAGUAAUAAAUAGUUUCUUGAAUUCUAAGUCCUUCUCACACUGACACCUUCUUCAUAUCUCGGAGUUUUGGAGUUUAACGAGUUUCUGAAUCUCUACGCGGCUAUUUUGAGGAGGGUCCGAGACCGCUAUAUCAAGGCAGGGAUUCGGCGAGACUUCUUCAUCGACAAAAACAAGAGUGGACGACCUGAGGAUUUCUACAAGACACUGAAAAAACUUUAUGGAUACCUGCUCUAGUCUGUCGUCUUUUUUCAUCUAGUUUGGUCGGCUCCACCACAAUUUAUGGAUACCUGCUGUCAGGAAUUCCUUCUCAAAUGAACCUCGCAUGAUCCUCACAUGGACUUCAUGCGCAGACUCAACAUCACAAAUCACAUUCAAUAUGGAGGUAGCAUGCGUCCAUAGCCGAGCUUUUGGUGUGCAAAAAGAUCUUGAUGAAUCAAAAAUGCAUCUAAAUAAUAUGCCAUCUAAUAUUCAUCCGUCCAACAUCUAUUCAUAAGCAUACGACAUCAUGAUAAGAUAAGCUCACGAUCUUCUUCUUCUACACAAAAGCUCCAUCUUGUUUUCUACCGUAAAGCUGCUCAAGAUCUCAAUUUCUUUUUUAGAUUUAAGCUCAAGCUCAAGUAGACGGAUCUCAUCUUUCUCAAGACGGAUCUUUUCAUCUAAGCUAAGAUAAGCUCAAGCUCAAGUAGACUAAGCUCAUCAAUCAAUCAAUCAAUCAAUCGAUCAUCUUUUCAUCUAAGCUAAAGGCGAAGGGACAUUCGGUCUCGUGUACCUGGUGGAGGACCUCUCAUCGAAGCAAGAGAGGGUGUUGAAGGUUAUCAAUAAAGCGAAAUCCGCGAUGCCACCUGAAGAGUUGCAGUUGGAGAUCGACACAUUGAAGACACUCGAUCACCCACACAUCAUUCGGCUCUACGAAUAUUUCGAAGGUAGAAGCAAUAGAAUCUGUAUUAUUAGGUAGAAGUAAUAGAAUCUGUAAUACAAUUGUCUGCAGUUUGUAGUUUCAACAUGUGGAGGAGGACGAGGACUGCAUUAGUUACCUGUGGAGGAGGAGGAGGAGGUGGACUGCAUUAGUUACUAAGACAGUAUCUGUCCUCUUUUUAGAUGAGAGUAGACUCGUCUGGGAAAUCGUAGGCAGACUGCCGAGUAGAUUCGCAUCAACAUCAGACUACUGCACUAUACCAGUUAUAUUCCAGAUAAUUUGGCUAUUUGUAUUUUUUGACUUUAUGGCUCUCUAGGAAAAACAUUUCUUUCAUUCGAAGGUACUGAUUUUUGAGUCAAGAUUACUGCUCGAUACUAGUCUAGCUGCUCAGUCACACCGAAAAAAAUCCAAUUUCCUCAACUACUACCCCAACAACCAGAUUACAACAACAUCUACAUUUUGAUGGAAAGCGCAAACGGGGGCGAGUUGAUGGACGUGAUCGAAAGUAAUUAUCGUUCUGGCUACCGCCUCAACGAGAAAUGGAUAUCCAUUGUCAUGGAGCAAAUAUUGAUUAUGGCCACAUGAACGACCACGAUUCUAGUAGGUCGUCUCGACGAGGACUGAUUAGAUUAUUAUAAGUCCAACAAAGCACAGCCUCCGGAUGAGUAUCUAGUAUCAAGUUUGUUUCUCUCUUAAAGUAGCACGUCUAGAACCCCUUCUAAGCUGAAUGCCAUAGCGUACGUCCAUGGGCGUGGAAUUAUGCAUAAAGACCUGAAAGCCGAAAACGUCAUGCUUCUGGAUGAUGGCAGUACUCUUUCUCAUGUUGAUCUAUUUUGGUAUUCUAUGUAUUGGAUGACGACAGAAGUGCUCACUAUCAAGAAGAACCUAGGCUCACGUCCUCUUUCAAUCGGCACUAGCUUUUUCGAUUGGUCUACCUCUAAUGUUAUGGCCCUACUACUACUUUCUAUUGUAAUGGCUAAGUAGAGUGCAUCAAUCUCCACGAGUACACAUUCUCUCCAUCCAAAGAUUCCGCAACGAAGCCGCAUGCUGUCAUUAUCGAUUUGGGUCUGGCGGAAAUGUUUGAUAAGCAAACAGGAAAGAGCUCCGCCAUUGCUGGCACGCCGGUCUGCAUGGCGCCAGAAGUUUGGAAUCAACAUUUCGGACCAAAGUGCGACGUACUACUUACAUAAAAACUCUUGCUCCUUUUAGUUAGCAUUUUCAUGGACCUCGGAUUUUCCUAUCUCCAGCUUCCCGGCGUCGCCUCCGCAGCGUCAGCGACGCGGCUGACGGCAGAAGGCUGCGGGGGGGUUAAAUGUAGCGCCGCGCCGUGAGACGCUCCCGCGUGGGACGCCGCGGGCCACUAUCUCCUCGGGGGUUUCGAUGGAAGGGCCCGAGGGCCCCCGUUUCAGCACGCUCAAAGCACAGCUCUCCGGUACAGGUUGGGCUGGGAUUUCGUCCCGCGGUUGAUCUGGUCAAACGCUUACCGCAUUGCCCUAGCAUAUCCUAGGCGCCGCUUCAAGGCUUCUGUAGGCCUGCUACUGACCAAGAGCGGGCAUAGUGGAACGCCAAUCGCUAAGGAGGCCGCGACGGGGUAACGGUCUAGAGCCUUGGCUCCCUUUCUGGUGCCAUCGCAGUCGAAGGCCUGAGUCCGGGCGGGGUGAGUUUUUGAAGACGCGUGACGCCUGGCGCGGUUCGGGAGCUCCUUGGGCGCGUCGCUGUUGCGUUCUCCAUGUAGAACGAAGGGAGGAGACGGGCGCUCUUUGUGCAGUUAAAGUACGUCGCUCGAAGAUGACAGCACUACAAAGCUGCGCGCAGCACUGAACCCCAAACCCGAAGCCGUUUAAUCGGACGUAGAGCGAGCGAGGCUGUGGCUGACUCGGGGAGGCACAGAAGACAGCGGAGCCCAACAACGGGAAAGCGUGCCUUUAUCUCAUGGCACGCGCUGCCUCGCAAAACAUCGCCAGACCCAUUGCCGACGUGGAACGUAGGCGAGCGGGAUGGGGCUAGCUAGGCCACUCGCCGGCAAAAGAUUGCGCAGCACCCAGAGGCUUGCGACUUAUGGCGGAAAAGCACCAGCAGCGCGGGGCGUCUCGAUUCAUUUCCGCAAGGGGCGCGCCAGGCAGUGCCACACCCCAGCAAGCUGGCCCCGGUAAAAGCGGCAAGGCUUUCAGUGUUCAACCUUGUCGCGCUUUCUGCAAACAGUACAACACCCCCGGGAGAAGAUGGGAGGACAGGAGGCGCGAAGCAUCGCGGGCGCGUUUGUUGCGGUAUGGCCGCUAGAGUGCUCGGGCUCGGCCGCCUUGGUUCUUUGCAACUCGGGCCGCGUCACUUUUCCGGAGACUGAAGACGCACACGGCGCCGGAGUAGCCGCGGCUUUCUUCUGUCGAUAGAUGUGGCUCUUCACCUAGACAGAGGGAGACGGGCGCGAGGGGCGAGGCUGCGGCGCACCUGCUGCAAGGACAGCAGGGGGGCACUCGUUGGACUUUUCUCAGCGUGAGGCCCGGCGGGGCGGUGUAUCCAGCGCAUGCAAGCCAUCGCAACGCAGGCGAAGCGGACUGCUCCGCUUGCCUUGCUUAGCUCUCUCGGGCUCGGGCUCGGCGUGUUUGGAGAGAAGCCGCGCCUGUGGCACUCAUACCUUCCCCGCCACCGGCGUCCUAGCUCCCUCCGCUUUUUUCUUUUUCUUCUUUGAAUAUUAUAGAACAUUUCGCAAGAGGGAUGCUGGAUGGCAUGGAUGGCAUGGCAUGCAUUGCAUGGGCCGAGGGGGUCAGAAUGCGACCUCCUUAAGGGAGGGACACGGGGGCGAAGGCUCAGGGUGUGACAUAGGGGGGCCACCGCGUUGCUGUCUGUUUUGCUUCUUGCGUUUGUCUUUGCGCGGCCCGCCUUCCUCAUCUUCAGCCACACCCUUCUCAGCGCGGUCGGAGCAUGCGGAGCGCCUGGCGCCUGUCCGCGCUCGUUGUGGGGGUACCUGGGUAGUGCUCUUGCCAGGUAUUAGCUACUGUAAGUAGCUCGACUAGGCUAGCUUGCUUGGGAUCUCGGCCGUCUUGCUCAUUGUUCCCUGGUGCACACAGGCCACGGCGUUUGCGCUGCUUCUUGCUUGUGUCUGGGGCGGGGUCACAGUGGGGCUGUGGGUUGUGUUGGUGUAUCGUAAAGCAAUUCUUCGGCGGAGCAGCCUGGUACUGCGGAGGAAGUAUGGCACUCGAAGGGCGCCGCGAAAAGUUUAUUGCUUUUGGGGUGGUCCAUCCAUGCCACGCAUGCCAUCCAUGCAAUGCAAUCCAUAAGGUCGGAGGUUGCUUUACAUUCUAAAACAUACAAAGGUAUGGAGCUUGGGGGUAGUGUUUUUCCAGUUGUUAGCCGGGAAGUUGCCAUUUCUUGCGAAGACGACGAAAAAGAAGGACUGGGUUGCAGUUUUGUCUCGGCCUCCAGACUGGAGCGCUUUGGAUCAUUGUUCGCACGGCGCGACCAUGCUCUGUAAGUUAUGGCUCCAGUACAUGCAUGGGACAACUCAGACACCUUCUAAUCAGUCUAUAGCUAUAGCUUGACAUCGGUGUGCUGCAGAGUGCAUAUUUAUAACCUAACUAAUCUAAAAUAUUUAACUUACUUCUUAGCCAUCUUCUAGUAGGUGCAUUUGGGUUGAUAUUAUGCGACAGCCGAUUCUUGUCAGGUCCUGGCGGCCACGGUAUACUAUAGCGUACAGCACUGAAAUUCUAACUCACUACCAAAGAGUUCUGAGCUUGUAUUUGUUGAGUUACGUUGUUGACGCGCUGACUUUUACUGACUACGCAGCCACUUUGGCUCAAGAUUGCGCCAGUGUAGUUGCCUACUUUUUCAUCGUCGUAUUUGAUUUGGCCCACAAUACACUGGCACGACGAUAAUGCCAAAGGUCGGCACUCAUAGACUGCGCAUGAUCCAUCCGCCCCACUUUCGCAGUUUCGGCUUUGUGCUGUUGUAUUCGAUGAAGCUGAUUGGUGUCAUUGGUAAGCCCUCAACUGUUCGCGGUGCUUUUUCCAUGGGCCACAUUGAUACUGAUUGCGUCCGCGUCCCUUGUUUGAUUAGUAUCUAUCCCACUCAAUCUGCAACAGCGGGGCCUGGUGUUCUUCAAUGCCUCGGCGAGAGGGCUGAGGCAUUAGCUUGGGCAAACAGCCCAGUCUGCGUUUGCUGUUUCGAGUGUGGAAGGCGCGCCGCAUGCCUAACACCAGCGAAGACCUUCGCCGGCGUCACACGCGCGAGGGGCAUGGCUUUACGCAGCGCGGCGAUUUCUGCCAUGGCUGCGGAACGACAGGCCAGCGCAGUGGAGUAGACCAGCCCGACGCCGUUGGAGAAGGAGCCUCGAAGAGGGCUGCCCCGCCGUCAAUUGUAACGAGCGAAGCGCCUCACAUCGGUAGCCAAGAGGGCGACCGAUUCGGAGACGGCGACCCCGCAGCCGCCGGCCUGAGUCGAAAACGGGCGCCCACCUCUGCCCAGAGUCGCGCCCCCGACUUGCGCGACCGGGACGACCUGCCGCGUGUGCGGUGCUCUGCGUGCGAUGAAGAGUAUGCCGACGAUAUGAUCGCCAUACCAGACUCGGACGAGGAAGGGGCGCGGGCGCCGAAGCGCGUCAAGCUCGAAGGGGAUCCGGCUCCCGUGCGUGCGGAGGCAGAAGAGGUAGAGCGGGCUCCGACUCGCCUUGCCGGGACUCGCGCUUCCGCUGGGACAUCGACCGCGGGCGGCGCCGUGGUCUUGUCCUCAAGCGCCGAAGAGGUUGCGGCCGUCCUGUCCUCCAGCGCUGAGGGGGAAGCGGUGCGGCAAGAUGAAAGGCGGGAAGCCAUACCGCCAAACCAGCGUGCCCGCCUACUAAGCAAGGAGGCCAGUGCGAGGCGCGUCGCGGUAUGCCAGAGGGUGGCGCGUCUCUUGCUGCAAGGGCAUCAGGUCCGAAAUACGACAGACCCUAGUCUCCUGAAGCUGACGGAGCGCAACGAACCGCACGGCCCAGGCCGGCGAGUGCCUUCGAACGGUAGCUGCUCUGCUACUCCUCCUUCCUCAUGAACGAGACCAGGAAAGCCGACACUAUUCGGCACAGGAGCUGGAAGAGUGGACAGCAAAAAACAGUGGGCGCGGCGGCGCCUAUGUUCCGCUCGACGAGUACGACAGCAGCGAGGAACGGGACGACAGUCAGGGGGUCUCCCCGCUGGGCGCCGAGUACACGCAGCUCCUUGGCGGCCUUCUGGAGCAGUGUGACGAGGAAGAAAAGCGGCGGCGCAUAGGCUCCGCGAACGUCCGGCGGUUGCGCGUUGGGGCGCUCGUGUGCGACGUCCUGGAAAAAACGGGUCUGCCUGCAGACCUCGAAGAAGAUUCGCGGCGGACCUUCGUGGACUACUGCCAGCAUCCGGCAAGCACGGUCGACGGCGUAGUCACCAGGUCACACACGACGGGGAUUGCCAACUCCGGCGUCGGGAAGUCGCUGGCGAAGAAGGUCCAGGGCGGCGCCAUGGCGAAGGCGGAGCAAGCAGCCCCCGGGUGUGCGAACUUGCGCCGAGUAACCACGAGCAGCAAGUCGGCAUGGAGUGAGGUAAUGGCGAAAGCGGCGCUUCUUUUCGAUUUCAACGACGAGGCGGGCGGCCUCUUCCUGAACAACGAGGAAAGCAAGGGCCCGACGCAGGAAAUCCGCCUCCGGGGUUGGAUGGGCGGGGAGCUUGACGAAGGACAACGACAGGCGGCUACCUUCCGCCGCGACUCGUCUUCGGGGCGUCCACGUCUAAGCAGGGCCGCCUUCACGCAGGAAGUCGAAGCGGAGCGGACUUACAAACACCAGAAACAACAACCUGGCGCGUGUAGAAAAUCCCGGGAAAAUCCUGAGGAAAUCCCAAAGGCAUCCCCUGGGGUGAGUAGUGGAGCGGUGGCAAGCGCAUCCCUGUGGGUGGUGUCAUAUUGUACGCAAGGCCAUCCCCGUGCGCUGUGUUGUUUGUGUUGGAAGUCAGUGUGGAUACUUGUCGCCUCUUCUUCUUUGCGUGUCGUGUGUGUCUUGUUUGUUUCUGAUGGCAUUUCGCUGGGAGUUGUUUUCGGGGUUUGUCGCUUCGGCUCCUUCGUGUGAGUGUUCUCAGAUAGCUAGCUAAGAAGCUAAGGCCUUGGCCCGUAGUCUUCGAGCUUGGCUAACAAAUGUCGCCGCCACGGCAAGCGCUGCAGAGGCUGCGCGCUGUGUUGUAGUUGGCACUAGCAACGGGUGGCGGGAUGAGGUGCAACUGUAUCGAGCUGGGGGCGCCUCCUGUGUGUGAGUAGUUUCACACUUGCAGGGGUACAGGAGGGAGCAAACGAGAGACGGGGAAGGGACUGCGGCAGGGGGGGUGGCUGCUUUCCCCCGUUGUUGCUUGAAUGUCGUGGGUUUUCGCUUCGUCUCUUGUCGCUUGUUGAUUGUUCUGCUUCUGGCGCGGGGCUUCCGCCAUAAAUAGGCGCGCAUUGCUUUCGGCUUUGCUUUUGCCUUUGCUUGAGGUGCAGGCCCAGGCGCAUGAGGCGGCGGCAGGCUGAGCGGGGUCGCAAAAUGAAGAAGACGCGCCAGGGCCAAGGGCUUGCUGUCGAUACUGCUGGGCGGUGCUGCAGCACGGCCAAGGCGUGGCGCGCCGCUUCUCUGCGUGGUUUGCUUGCUUCGUUUGGGUGAUAUUCUAUGCGCGGGCCGCCGGGAGCUUCUAGGCUGCGCGCCAGGCAUACCGUCAGAGCGGUCGCCCGCGCUCUCUUGGUGCUUGUUUGGUAUUGUUCCACGCGCAAGGGCUUGCGUUGGUGCUUGCUGGUUUCGUUGGCGCUUGCGUUUGUGGGUCGUGGUUGGUGUCUUUUUUGCGGGUGGCUGUUGCUUGUUGCGUGCUUGGUUUGUCUCUUUUUGGUUGGUGUGCAUCGUGGUCGCGGUGGCUUGGAAGGCUCGCUGCCACGCUUGUUGUGCGUGGCACUGUAGUCAUUCCGAUGGCUGACGCCACUGCCAGCCCCCGCCCCCGGCUGCCUGACGCCGUGGAGAGAGGGGGCUGCAGCGUCAGGCCAUCGCCGCAGGCUGUGGCUGUGGUUCUUCUAUCAUUCAGCGACCCCGGGCCGCGGCGCUUGCUGCUAUUUAGAUAGAUAUCACUCAGGGGCGCUGACUCAGCUGGCAGGCGAGGAGGCAGGGCUGAAGGGUGGGCAUUUGGUAACAAGAGCGCCAGCUGGGGCGCGGUUUUUGGCCGCUGCGCUUAUGUGCAGCGCGCGGCCAGCUUGAGGCAUAGAUGACCAAGACAGAGGCACAGGCAAGCUGGCCACGCGCCGCAUGCCGCUGCCAGGGCUUGCGCUUGCAUCUCGCUACCUACUUUCAAGCUGUGCGGCUUGUCUUGUCUGUCAGCGAAGGAGUGGUGGGAAGUCCUCGAAAUCUGGCAAAAAGGGCGAGAAAGUACCUCCGGGGUGUGCCGCUGGUUGUUUCUCGAAGUUCGUAGCCGUGGCUUCAAGGGGAGACGCUGAGAAGUAAGCAAGGGAACUUCUGCCGCCCGUCUUCUUAUCUGAGUCGCCUCGGGGUUGGUCUUCAUUUUGCUCGAAAGUGUCCUCCGCUGCCGCUGCUUGCUGGCGGCUUUCGCUUUUUCUCCCUUCGUUCGUGGCCGCGGCGCUCGUUGCGUGGGUGCUUCGCGUAGCUCUCAUUAAAGGAGUUGGGCAGACAGCUGCUGCGCCUUUCUGUCCAUUUUGGGCAGGGCUGCCAGUGCGUGGCGUGCUUCUUCAUCUUAUUGCGAGCGCCCGCCCUGGCCGGGGGUCACGCGUGAGGAAAUGGGCGCCAGGGCAAAUAAGUUGCGCGCUAUCUCUGGGGGCUCACUCCAGCGCGGGGCUUGCUUGGCUGUGUUAGAUCUAUCAUGAGCAGAAGGCGAGGGCAGGCGGAGGCGGUGCGAGGUGGCUAGGUAGUUCUGCCGGUGCGCCUCGCUCUCCUUCAGUCGGCUGGUCUUUGUCAAUCGUUGUCCCAAGGUGAAGGAAGAGAAGCAAGGGGGGCCACCGACUCGACAAAGCUGCAAGGCUUUGACUCGGCGGGGGCGCUGCCCUUGACGAUUGGGGCGGGCCUUUCCUCGUGGGGUGGUUUUUUCUCUUUUUGGUAUGCGUAGCGAGCCCAGCGUUCUGCAAUGCUGGAAGCUGUAGAAAGUGGGGCGCUGAAGUUUGGAGAUAGAUGGCGCCUGGCUUUCACAUGGUGGCCCUUCUCUUUUUUUAACAGACGUGGAGCGGCCACCUUUCUUCUUCAGCUGGUGCGUGCUUGGCUCGUCUCGCUCCAGUAAAGUACGGGAGAAGCAGCGACAGGCCCCGCGGCGCUUGCGGCAGCGGCGUGUGUGUCUUUCCCCUCAGUCAUGUGCAAACGAAACCCACCACGCAGCUGCAUGCUGCGCCCCCGCGUGCCCAUGAAUUAGUGAGGGGCUGGCAGGCUUCGUUCUUGCUUUUUCUAUGUCCGUGCCCCCCCCAGGUGGUGAGGGGUGUGUGGGUGAGGCAUUAGACAUAGACCUUGCGCGCAGAGCUGGGGCGCAGCUCCUCGCCUGUGUGUCGCGUGCGCGUGGUUGGGUUAUUGCGUUGGCAAUGGUCUUCCUUAGGUGUAGAGGAUGAGAAGCCUGCAAAGAUGGACGCCCCAGCAGUGCGCAGCUUUUGGGUCGCAUGGUUUGUCACGGAGUGCGCGAAGCGGUGGGCACUGAAUUCAAAAAAGAAAGCAAGGCGGGCGCCUUCUGUGGCAGACUGCCCGCCUUCAGCAGAGAGGGGCAGUGGCGUCGGCUCAGGGUGAGAAGAUACACGGGCGCGCCAGCUGGUGUGGCGCAUUUUCCACAUUAACCAAGCACAGCGGGCGCAAGGCGAUCAGCUUCAGCGCAGCGCCCCCUCUGCGAUGUGAGUGGACCACAAAGGUGAACCCAGGAGAGGACGCGCAGCACAGACACAACAAGGCCCACCCGCCGCAGCAAGAUGGGGCCCUUUCUGCGUUGUUGUGCGUUUGGUUGGUGGUGACUGGGCGAGGCUUCUUGGGUGAGGCCAUCCAUUCUAUGAGCAGCCCCAUGCCGCGUCUCGGCGCUGUCCGCUCUUCUCUGUUCUGUCGCAAGCAUACACGCAAGACCAACGGCAGCCAGGCGCCACAUGUCACGCCGCUGCGGGCUUGCUCUGUCUGUAGCAUACAUGCAAGAGCGGCCAGCUUGAUGCUGAUGCGCCUCUUCUGUAGCAUACACGCAAGACAGGCCCAGCGAGCGAGAGCCUUGAAAAAAUCCCCAAACCUUCCCCACUUUUCCUCUUUAGAGUGAGGAGGAAAACUGGCGCACUUUUUUGACGGAUAUCCAUAUGAAGAGGCGCGGUUUUUGGCGCACAAAAAUGCAGCAUGUUCUUGCCACCUUUCUGCCCUUCUUGUGGAAGCUUCAAGAGGGAGCAAGAAAGUGUGAAGAAUUUGGGAAAAUUCUGGCUAUGUUUUCUGUCUUCUUCUGGCUGCUUUUUGUGUCUGGUUCGUUCUUCAUAUGCGAAUCCUCUCCAAGAGGUUCAGGAGGUGUCUCACUUUUUGGACCUUCAUGCAGUUUCGUCAGUUCAAAAAAAGGCGAAGUCCUUCGCUUCAUAUAGCUAUAAAAUCCCAUAAAAUCCCCAGAAAAUCUCCAAGCCAUCCCGACCGCGGGACAGGUUUGGGCGGCUCUUUCGUUGUUUCUUCAUCGUGUCUCGCUCUCAGGUGUUGCCCCGUUUGUGUGUCCGCGAGAUGCGUCCGGAAGUGCUUCAGAUUGAUUCGGUGCAAAAUUUUGAAGCGUCCCCGCGACCUCUCUCCAUAUGGCUAUAAAAUCCCCGAGGCCUCUCCACUUUUCUCACUUUUCGGCCCCUCGUGCGUGUAUCUGUGCCCUUUGCUGGGUCUUCGUGUGUCUUUCUGGCUUUCUGCCUUCGGAGUCUGUCGCGCUGUCUCCGUCUUGCGUGUAUGCUACAGAAACAGACAGAACCAGCCGGCGCGGCUGGUUUCCUCUUGUGCGUGUGCUACGGAGCCAGCCUGCGUGGCUGGUCUUGCCCUGCGUGCUGUGUGUUACAGAAUGGGCGCGGCUGCUCUUGUCUUGUGUGUAUGCUACAGACCGCGAGGACCGGCGCAGGCAGCUAGGCGAACAAAUGGCACCAAGCCACUCCGCGUGAACCACUCGGAGCAGCCAGCCAGCCCGCUGCGCUGCUGUCCAUGGUGGCCUGCGUUUGGCUUGCUCGUCUCUUCUUGGCUGGCUUUGUAGUGGGUGCUGCUUAUGUUUUUCCUCUGCUUGCCUACUUCAAGAGAAGCGACCGGGCGACGCUAUCGCGCCACUGUCAAACAAGGGGCGCGCGGGCUAAUGAGUGGCGCAGUGGCUCUGCCUCGGUCUGCUGUUGUAGUCUUUUUCUUGUCGGAGAGAGGAGGCUGUCGGCGAGUGUGCCCUGGCGGCGACACGGUUGGGCUUGGGUUUCGCCUUUGGUCGAGGCUCUUCUGUGUCAGCUUCCACACCACCCGCGGCGCCGGUCGUGGCUGGUGGCAGCUUUCUGCCACUAGUUAAGGGAUGAAGGAGGGGGCAGCCUUCUCUCAUAGCACACAGCUACGGCGCCGCCGCCAAGUGAUAGAAAACGGACGCGAGCCAGCGGCAGCCCGGGGGGCGCGGCGUGGACUAGCUUGAGCCCUGGCGGCCGGCGUGGUGCUUGGGCGCCUUGCUUUGUCGCUGGAGGAAUGACUAGCGAACAGCUUGGCGGCAUGUUCUGCCGAGACUCCUGGGGCAGGAAGCUUGACACGGAGAGGCGGGCUGGGGUGUGUGGCUGUCUAGGUGCAUUACUUAGCUUAGGACACAAGAGGGGCAGAACAGAGACAGACGUGACGCCCACUGGCUUCACCGUCGCAGGGCUUGCCUGCGUUGUCUCGGUUCGUGUUUUUCUCUUUGGCUGGUCUGCUGGCUCUUCUCUUGGACAAAUCGAGCAAGCUGGUGAGGGAGGGCGCGUUCUGUGACAUCGGAAGACGGGGGGCGAGGACAUGCCCGCAAAGUGUGGGGAAAAUAGUGCCGGCUUGUGUCACGUGACACAGGGCGGCUCUCUUUCUUCUAAGGUUUUCUGUCGCUUUCAGUUGUUUUGGGUUGAUUGUGUCCGCCGAUAGUUCAACAGGCGCCAGGUGGCAAGACAGUCAGACGCAGCGUCUGGCCCCUGCAGCCAGAACGGUGGGGCGCUUUCGUUCGGUGUUGCGGGUAAGUGUGGCAGCUGUUUGGCUUUGACUUGGCUGAAGCGUUGCCCUUUGUAGAUGAGCUGCGCGCAGUCUCACGGCGCUGCGUGUGUUGCUUCGUUCAGCCGCGUGGGUGUGGAGAGCAGAAGUGGCUUGCGGGGGAUAAGUAAGAGCCGCGAAACAAACAAGGGGGGGCGGGGAUGCGGGAAGCGGGGCCGCGUGUGCUGUGCGUGGCUCACAGGCAGCGCGCAGACGUGUACAAAGACGCGCAAGCAGCUGCAGCGCACCAGAUGGGGGCCGCAAGGCGCGGCGGCGGGCUGUUGCUUGCGGAACUCCUUCCAAAACAUGGCGGCAGGUCGUGCCGGUGUGUGUCACGUGACACAGGGCGCAGGCCUCGCCUGCGAGAAUUUUCGCGGCUUUUUCUUCAGGAUUUAAGUCCUUUCGGCUGGCAACUGCUGGGGUGUGUCUCUUUGCUUUGCUUCUUGUUGGUGGCAAGGGUUAGACGCUGGCGCAUGUCGUUGCGAGGUCAUUAGUAAGAGCGGCCCGCGCAAGACGCUUUGGCCCCUUCUCUUUCUGGGGUGGAUCUGCUCUGGCGCGGCUGUUGCCGUGGCGGGGGGUUCCCUGCCUGGUGGAUGCUUGUGAAGAAGUGCCUCAGAUGCACCGCUCGGCGGCGUGCUUUUUUCUGCUACCACGCAUGCUGCUGCAGGUGUGCCGUUGCCUUCUUAUCGGCAUCCGGUCAAAAUCUGGAGACGGAGAGUGUCGACGCUAGCUACAACACCAACAACAGCAAGGAGGACGCACUGCGCCGCUGGUUGUCGUCGCUGCGCAGGCUGACGCGUCGGCGCUUUAUCAUCGUUAGCGCCUGCAGGUGCAGGCACUGCCAUGGCUGGGCCGGCUCGUUGUGAAGCUGCUUGCGGGCGUUGUUUUAGGUUGUGCGUGCCUAGUGAUUAGAGCAAGACUGACAGAGCCAACCAACUUGAGACAGCGCCUGCCUGCACCAGCUUGCGCCCCCCUCUUUUGCCUUGGAUGUGUGGUGGUGGGUUGGCUUUGUUCACGUACUUACUGCCAAGAGGCUCGGCGGCGGAGCGGCUUCGCCGUCGUUGCUUUGGGGUUUAUAAUUAUGGUCGUGCUGCAGUUCGUCCCCCUCUUUAAAACGGCGGAGGGAGUGGCGCUGGCGUGUGUGUUUCUCGAAACUACGCGGGCUGCUGGGCUGGCUCUCUUUGUUUGCGUGUUAAGUAAAACGCGCCGGCACUCCUGUCGUGGCUGCGAUCAUUCAUCUCGCUGAAAGGCGUGGGAAUUCAUUAUGCAAAAGCGCAGGCUCCGCCGCUGUGAAUUUGUGCAGCUUUCUCGCCCACUCUCGUCAGGCAGGAGCGGCGCCGCACUCACUGCGCACCAGCAUAGCGCGGGGGCGCAUCGCAUGCAGGGGGCCGCUCGAUUUCGGGCAGGUUGUGCGAGAUUUCUCCCACACCAUGACGCAGAUGCCGCGACAGGUUUGCGCGCCUCUCAGCGGAUAAGCCUGGCGCAGAUGCUGCGACAUUUUUGCACGCCUCUCAGGGGAUGGGUUUGAACCACGGGGGCACAGUGCUCGGCGGGAUGGAUUUGGGAUUUUCUAGGGGGACUCUUUGGGGAUUUUCUUCGUCGUGGUCUUUGUUGUUUUGGAUGUUUGUAACGGACGGGGGCCUACGCGCGGUUGCUGAACAGUAGCGGCAUGGCCUGGCGCUGCCGCGUGGUGCACUACGGUCCCAGGCGGGCCGCAAAAGCGCCGUAUGACAGCGACCCGAUCCCAGUAACCGGCACGCUGCAGCAACUCCGCGCGCUUCAAGCCGAGGGGGCCAUCCGGCUUGCCGGGCACUACGCAGUGCGCGACGAAGAUGGCGAAGUCGACCGCGUGACCCUUUCCCGAGGGGCUGCGGAGCUGCUGAAGUCCGCUGUAGCGGACUGGAGUCAACGGAAGGAGGCUAACGCGGGGGCUCGUCGCCUCGUCGCGGAAAAGAUGCAGCGCGCGCGCUACCUUAUGCUUGCGCAUGCUAAGGCCUUGGCGUUGGAGGACGCCUCUAGCGAGUGGGCGGCUGAGUCAGAAGCGGAGCAGACCCCGCUCGAUCUGGGCCCCGACAUGGCCGCCGCGCCGGGGUGCUACUGUCUUGCAGAGAUGAACAGAGUAAACCUCGGCGCGAAAGCCGCUUGGCGAAAGCGCGCAGACAUCUUCACGCCUUCCUCACUUUACGAGAGUGAAGGAUGGGUCUGCCCGCUUAUCGACAAGCCGCCCAAGAAAAAUUAAGGCUCCCGCCAUUCCGUCAUCGAAUGCAUCUUGCCCAGGUUUUUAAGGGGAGCGCAAGACGCAGCUCAGGGUGAACAGGGGUGACCUCUAAAAAAACGAGGAGAAGAACAGGUGGUGCGGCCGCGGCGCCGUCGUCGGGACUGACGCCGAAUCCCGGGAGGAGUUUGCGCGCUCAAAGCUGCUCGCGAAGCGCAAGGACCCGGCAAGCGUCCUUCUACGAAGCGAAGUCAUGUCCCGAACCGACCUGGUCCCGGCGGAGAUCGGCGCGCCCCUCAUGAUGGACGCGAUGAUCCUCUUCGCGCAGGAGGUCGCGCACCUGGCGGCUGUCUUCGAGAAAGCGAAGUCGGCGCCUGGUUCUGGCUUUGCCUCCGCGGGCGACUGGCUGGCAAAGGUCGCCGGCUACUGCAGUCACGCUAGCAGAAACGACGGUAGCGCCAACCAAGACUGGCCCUACACCUUCCGCCUCCUGAAGGGGAGCGCGUGCCAGAGCAACAACGGAGAAACCCAAAAAAAAGCGCUUUGAUGAGGCUGUGGAGUUGCUCGAGAAGCGUCCCCGCUGCUUGCAUGAGCUCGGACAGCUCGGCGGAGAGACCCCGCUCAUGCUGUACAGCCCUCGGCUGCCUGACAUCAUGCGCCUAGCACGAAGCCGUGGGCUGCCCGCCUUGGACUCUAUCACCGACGCGCUUGGUUACGCUGUUUUCGCUGGUGCUAAGGCUGAGCCAUUGGAAAAGCGCAACAGGGCGGCGCUUCAACCGGACUUCCAGCUCGACGAACAGUGGAGUUCCGGCGGAUUACGCAUCUUUUCCGCUACCAAGCACUGCGCCUUGAACUACUUGGGAGGCCCAGUAGACCAGUCGGCGGAGAGGCUUCCGCUGAAAACCGACGCCGUCCGUAUGAAAAAGACCGGGCGCCAGUACUUAAAGCGGGGAGAGUUCGGCCGACGGUAUUCGCAGGACGGCUUGCUCAACGUCCCGCGCGCGGCCCUUGGCCACGCCUAUGCGAAGCGGCUGGGCCCGGACGGCGUGAAGGAUGCGGGCGAGGUUGUCGAGGUCGAUCAGUCGCGCAGCUGGUAAGCGAUAAUCGCGCGAACCGCGGGUGGCCGUCUGCCGUUCUUGGGCAGUUUCGUCGCCGGUAAAGACGCCUGGGCGCGCUUCCUCGUCGACGCAUACCAAAGCGGUGCCGCAUGUCGUGCGGAUACUCCCGCCGCGGAGGAGGCCGGCCGCUUUGACGUGAACGAGGACGCCCGCCCAGACCGUGUCGGUACCGUCUUCGUUGAGGCCGCUGCCAAGUGCUUCUUCACGAAGCUGGUCUGGAAGGGUGCCAAGCUCUCGCCGCACCCUAUCAAAGUGCCGAAGCGGAACCCGAAAAACUACACGAAAACGCACGAGGCGGCGCCCACGUUAUCAAGCUGAGAGCGGACGUCGGCCAUGGUCUCCAGGAGUGCGCAAAAACAGGCGCUCGCCUCUACAGCUGUUGCGCCACGGAUGCGCAGGCGAAAAACGUGACCACGGCGGCCAACUAUAUGGGCGAACAAAAAACGGCGCAUCACGGCGGCCAAGAUGGAAGAGCUUGAGAGCAUUCCUGGCGUACAGGUAUAGCCUUCCUUUUCGGAUGCCUUCGCUCCAUUGCUCCUUCGUCCUCGUUGUCCAUAUCCAAUCCUCGCUGUCCAUAUCCUUACCGACUUCCGUCCCCGUUGACCAUAUUCCUAACGGCCUUACGAUGGCCGCCUCCUACACACUCCCAGGCACUGAGCUACCGACCUGGCGGACGCAUAGUGCGGACGCCAUCUCACGUCGCGGGCGACGACGUCGCGAAGCCGGUUCUAGGGCAACCUUUCAAAGCCAAGCCCCUUGACGUGAAACACAUCGCCAGCCUUGAUUUUGCCGUCGUUUGCUGUGGCUACCUGAAGCAGAUGAAAAGCCCCGGCCUUGGUAUGACGGGUCUGGAUGACGUCAGACAGCAGCUAGGUGAGGCGGCGACCCUUCAGAAUUAUUUGCAGGAAGGCGAACAGGCUGCGCAGUUGGUUCUUGGUGACAGCCACGCGGUGGGCUAUGCGCGGCGCCUCCACUGCCGAGACAAGGGGGUCCAGGCCUCACAGCUCAAAGUGGAUAGUACCGAGGAGGAGACGCACUUCGAAGGAUUCGCUUCGGCAGAAGAAUGCUACGCCGUCGGCAUCGCCUUCCGGCUUGCAAAAGACGAGGCAGAAGGCGAGGCAAUGGCCACUGCUGCCUCCCCAAGGUACGAGCAGGCGCGCUACUUCUGAAGCAAAAAAGGGCAGCGAACUUCAGCAACCAACUAGACGCGCGAGGCCUCAAGGAGGACAACACCUGGCGACUGUUCACCAUCCAAACGAUACCUUUCAUCACAGGCGGCGGCGUCCUACUGGCUGAGCUGCUUACUUUCUACAGCUUGCUGAACUAUCACGGCUGAUCUUACUCCAGAUGGAAACGCGUCGCAGGUUCUUUCUCUAUGAUGAAGUCAGCACGGUUUGAACUCAGUGCGUGACUCUCCAGCGCAGCGCGCUGAGCUAUUUGCCUCCAAAACUUGACGACGUGGCGUGAUCAAAACAACAGAUAACACCUCGACGCUCGAACUUUGCAAACAGAUGAAGAGCCGUUGGCUCGCCAUAAGCUUGCUAACUUCGAAAGCGGUCCCCUGUUGGCUCGCCAUAAGCCAGCGCUCUCCCGUCGUCGUUCUCUUAUAGCAAUUAGCGAUAGUUUGGAGCUACUGCUCUCGGAUCGUCGUUCGCCAUAGGCCCCUCGAGUCGUCGUUCUCUCGUAGCAAUUAGCGACAGUGUGGAGCUACUGCUCUCGGAUCGUCGUUCGCCAUAGGCCCCGCGAGUCGUCGUGCUCUUAUAGCAGUUCGUGACAGGGCUAAACCAAGUCGGCUGGCUAUCGUGCUCUUAUAGCAGUUAGCGAUAGUCUGGAGCUACUGCUCUCGGAUCGUCGUUCGCGAUGGGCCUUUCGCGUCGUCGUUCUUUCAUAGCAAUUAGCGACAGUCCGGAGCUACUGCUCUCGGAUCGUCGUUCGCCAUACGCCCCUCGAGUCGUCGUUUUCUUAUAGCAGUUUGCGAGAGGGCCAAAUCGCGUCGCGUCUCAUCGCAGGCGCCGCCAUGCCCGCGAUUGACUUUCGAAAAGAAAUGCCCCUAGUUUUUUUUUCGCAUGCACUCGCUGAGAGAUGGGCUGUCGGCCGAGUGCCUUACACUGUCCCCGUAGGGGCCCGCCAACGCCGGCGGAACGGUUCAAAGCCUACGAAGGUCCGGCGCUGGCCAUCCAGUUGCACGCACUCAGCUUUUUCCCUGCUGUCUCAGGAGAAAAGCACACCCGUCAAAUAAUCGACAAAGGCGAAGGCGAUUCGGAUAUCCUCAAUCACGGGGCUUCGGUCUUCCGCGAUGGGGUGAUCGAGCGCAUUGAGCUCAGGUGGGCACAGUGUAUGAAAGAAGACGAGCCGCGCUUGUAUUUUAUAGCGGAACUGCGGGGGAAUUCUCAGGCGCGAACAGACGGCUAUGAAGUCAGGCCUGGGCUGAUCGCAGAGUGGAGCCAAGAAGCCAAGCUCAUACACUGCAUGCGGUGCCGAAUUUGCUCACACCCGUUUGGUGAAGUCGAAUCGCACAAAUGCAAAGGACCCUUGUGUCACUCCCGCGCUCCCAGUCGUGAGCGCAUCAAGCUGGGCUGGCGGGCAAAGUAGGAGAGGGAGGGAGCCACGCGAAGGCCAGACUUUCCACACUCUUAGCAUGCUAGAAGUAGACACUUCGUAAUACCACGGUCGACGCGGCGUGUCUCACUGGUCGGAUGUUCGUCAGUCGCGUCGCCUUCGCAUCGACUAGCUUGAUCUUGGUAUCGACGGUCGUUCUCUAUGUGACGUCUUUGACCACAUCGCUCACAUUGACGAAGGCCGUGCGGCGGUCUCCUUUACCCCACGUCGCCGGGUAGACCGCUUGUUUCCUGUUUUUUCUAGGAGUGAGAAAAACCAUGGACCUCCUUACGCCUGACGAUGUAGCCUCAGCCGGAGCUGAUACCGCUGCGGACCUGGCGAGCCACGGCUGGACGGCCGUCCCCCUCCGUCUGUCGCAGCUCGUGGACUCGCAAGACAGACGAGCGACGCCGCCAUCGAGUGGGCCAACGACCGCAGCGCCGCCUGUCACGCAGCUGGUGCUCGCUUUGCUUCUCGAGUAGCAGCGAGAGCGACCGCGAAAGCGCAAGCGAGGGCGAUGGCGGAAGCAGCAGCGAACCGAGUGAGAGCAGCAGCAGCGGAAACAGCGACGAGGAAAGCGACAGCGGUGACGCCUUCACUCUUCCCGCCCGCAUCCGCGUGACGCUCCUCGCACUCACUCAGAACAGCGGCCGCAGGAUAAUGCAAAAAGGCGACCCGUGGGCUCGCUGACGCGCUUGGUUCCGCUGUCUUCGCUGGGGCUGAGGUUGAGCCUUUGGAAGAGCGCGACAGGACAAGGCCCCAGCUGGCGCCCCAGCUCGGCGAGGAGUGGGGCUCGGGUUGGUCUUGGUUGUGCAUCUUUGCCGCCAAGAAGCGCGGCGCCUCCCCUGGGCCAUUUUUUUGGGGGGGCGUGUUCGUUGGCAGGCUUCUGCGGAAGACCGACGCCGCCCUUCUGAAAAAGGCCGAGCGCUGACACUUAAAGCGGGGAGAGCUCGGCUGACGGUAUUCGCGGGGCGGUUUGCUCAGCGUUCCGCGUCAAGCGGAUGGGCCCGGAUGGUGUGCAGAAUGCGGACGAAGUCGCCGAGGCCGAUCGGCCGCGCAGCUGGUGUCUGUUUAUCGCGUGAACCGCGGGCGGCUGUCUGCCGUUCUUAAGUAACCAGCCUCGUGACUGAUCAAGGCGCGUGGGCUCGCGUUCUCGUCGACACAUACCAAGCGGGUGCCCCUUGUGGCGUGGAUAUUGUACCCGCCGCCGGGGGGGCUGCUGGGGGCUUUGGCGUGGGCGAGGACGCGGCGAAGCGCCCGCGCUAGAUGGCUAGCGCGGUCCCCAUUUCGCUGCCGUUGUGUAGUCUCUUUCGCUGGCUUCCUUUUUUGCAAGUCUUGGCGCUAGUGCUUGCGACCCAUUUCUUUCAUCAAGGUCCAAAGAAGCACGAAAGCUGCUGCAAAAAAAUGCCCAGCGUGUUGAUGGUGCUAGGGCUAGCGUCGUGCGGGUGCUCUUGGCGUGGCUGCUUUUCAAAUAUGGCGCGCAGGUGAGAUCUGGACCCAGGUGGAAACUAUUCCACAAACAUGCCGGCGUUUGUAAUAGCUUCACGCAAAAGCGUGGCUAGGGCUACUUCUAGGCAGUUGAGGCGCAAAGAAAUGGUGACUGCUAUUAGUUGACGCCGUGCCAUAGACGAACAUAGUGCACCCACACGCACGGCGACGAUUUCGCAGCGCCAUGCACUAUGAAAACAGUCGCAGCAUGAAACAGCCGACCCCCUCGCGCAUUGAAGAACUACAGACAUCUGGCUACCAUCCAUGCGAGGGCCUUUGCAGAUUCUGCCACUUCAAGGACGUAGGCAGCCACCGAGGGCGCGAAAAAUAAUACUUAGAGAGAAAGCGUGACAGACGGGAACGCAAACCGCCAGCGUCAGCGCGUUGCUCGUCCGCAGCCAGUCGAUUCCGCGCAUUUUUGUUGUAUUAUUUUGGUCUUGGUGAUCACGCGACGGCGACCCCAGGCUAACAAAAUGGCCAGGCUCUUGCAUCUAUGAGCGCGAGGCUUUUUCUUUUUGGCUUAAAUGAAAUAGAAACUGUGCGUGUUUGAUGAUAAAAUGCCAGGCUGACAAGACUCGGCCAGCGGCCUGAUGGGUUCUUUUCCUUAUAUCCUAGGAGUUAUUGGCAUUCUUAGAUUUUUAGAUCUUUUACAUCUUCUCCCUAAUGACGUAGAGAAGCUGCAUAUCACAGGUUAUCGGAUAGAUACGUCGGUCCCCACGUGCGGUUCGAGCAUGUUCCGGUUUAGAAAAGUUCAUUCUAUUAUAGCACCUCAAUGACCUCGAACGCUCACCCCCUCAUAGGUGAGCCAACUCUUAUCCUAGGGAAGAAGCAGUCGAAUAUAUCUGGGUAGGCUGACUGUCAAAAUAACGGUGUUGAGUUUUUUCCUCCUAAAAAAUCGCUUCUCACUCUAAGAAAAGCGAUGCUGACAUUUGACGAACAUCGACGGCCUUCCGCAGCGGAAUGCCUAAACUUUCUUUGGUAACAAGGGCGAGAAGUUUUUUUUCUGAUGUUUGUAACAUCUGUUGAUAGGAAACUUAUUUUACAACUGCUUCUUUUCCCGCGCGUUGUCCUCAUAAUCCUUUACGUGCAUUCCUUCCCACAUUUUGACUCUUUCUUUGUUUACUAGUCAAUCUCAUCUGCUACAUUUGUUUAUAGCUAAACCUUGAGCAAUCUGACCCCAUCCAUCGAAGCGUGGUCCAUCAAUCCGUUCCAAUCCAAAAGAACUUCACCUUAAGCGAACCUUAUUAACCUCAUCAAACAGAAACAAGAACCCUAACCCUAAACCCUAAACCACCCUACUUAAACAAGAACCCUAACCCUAAACCCUAAACCACCCUAAACAAGAACCCUAAACCCUAGAACUCCUUCAACUCUCCUCAAAUUCAAGGCUUCGCGACGGUUCUGCGCAGAAAGACAACGCAAUGGGUGAUAAGGUGAUGCAGAGCCUUUGUGCCUACCAUGAGCGAUCCGACCUCGAGAAAGUUGUCCGGAUGCAAGUGGCGAGCCAACUCUCCGCCAAUAAGCUUCCACAUCUCAACGGCAUAUUCAAGAAAGUAUAUUUACCCCUCCCUUAACUUUCAGUGUGUGCGAGUUUGGUUAGUUCAUCUAUUAGCAAGGUUAGUAAAAUUGAACAACCUACAAUCUAUUUCAUACAACAGCAUUAUUUACUAGUUUCCACCACAUCUUCUCAAGAUGACAUCUUCUUUAAGAAAGUAAGUACUUUCUUAGACUAUCGCUAUUGUUUGCUAUAUAUUCCUGUCAUUAUAAUUUUUCUCGUACUCAGUGAUACACUGUAGUGGCGGGUAUAAAACAAAGGUGAGUUGACCUCCACGUCGAGCCCUUCAACAUUUUCUGCACACCCAUGUAAUGUCGUGACAGUAUUAGAGAAAGACCAAUGCUUAUCUUUAUGAACAAAAUUUUCUCAGUACGACGUGGAUAAUAGUGGCACCUUGACGAUGACCGAGUUAGCUGCCGCUUUAGAAGAGCUAGGUGUUGAGCGCAGCGUCUGCCGCAAAGCCGCGGAAGCUCUUGUUAUGAGUCAACUACUCUCAGAUGAAGUUACUAGAAGUAAACCGCAAUAUGUUCUUACCUUAAACUUCAUCUUCAUCUUAUCUAUUUUCAUAUAGUACUUACAUACAUCCUGAAGAACGACAGUUCUUCUGCCUAGCAGCUAGGGACUACUAACGACGUUUUCUGAUGAGUUGUAAACGAGUAGAAGGACUACCUACUACAGACCGAGCUCGACUUCUACGUCUACUUGCCCCACGAAGUAAGAACGGAUUAUACACGACUUCUACGUCUACUUGCCCCACGAAGUAUAAGUAAGAACGGAUUACACACCUGCACGACACACGACUCCUAAAAAAUUAUGCUCUAAUCGCAACGUGGAUAACAGUGGUGAAGUCGAAUACACCGAGUUUGUGGCUGGCUGCCUCAACUUCUUCGAUGACAACCUGGACAAUAUGCUGUGGCAAGCAUUCCAAAAAUUCGAUGUGGACAACUCAGGUAUUUUUGUAUAUACCGGAUAUUAUACUAUAAUACUUCACAUCAAAGCAUUGAUAUUAAUUUAUAUUAUCAUAAUAUCUAUGUUGCUUUGUUUCUAUAUCUUCCUCUGGUCUGUCUUUUUUCUAGUUAGGUCGGCUCCACCACAUAUAUUAUCAUAAUAUCCAGGCUCUGUGAAGUAUUAUACUAUAAUACUUCACAUCAAAGCAUAGUAGAUAUUAUGAAACGAAAAUCUGUUAUCAUUAUCAAGUUUCUUAAGUAGAAGAGUACGAUAAUGAUAACAGAUUUUUUUUUCAUAGAUAUGUGCCGUAUAAUACUCAAAUUAGUAUUAUAGUUUCCAGUUAAAGAACUAUUGAAUUAAGGGUAAUGCCACAUUGUGGUAUUGAAAACACGAACUCAUCUCGUUCUAGGAGUAACUCCAAGAACACCUUUAUUAAGGGUAGGUUGAAGGUGCUUUUGUUACCGUUUGUUAUGGCUCUCCUAAGGGGGACAGCCAUAACAAGAAGCGGGAUAAACGAACACCAAAAGCCUAGACCUCGAAUUAAAGAACUUCUAUGGUUUUUUGGAUGUGAGAUGGAUUCCUCGUGACAUCGUUAAUCUCUGUAGCCCUGUUCUACCACAACGCAUAUAACUCUUCAAUAGGCGCUUUUCUUCAGGUUUUCAAGUUCAGUGGCUCAAGUCUUGACUUUGUUACCUUGUGACACUUUAGAACAAGAAGCCGUUCCUUUGCAUCCUAAUUAAGGUUUUGAGACACUACCUCUUGCUAGGUAAAUGAAUGAAUGAAUGAAUGAAUGAAUGAAUGAAUGAAUGAAUGAAUGAAUGAAUGAAUGAAUGAAUGAAUGAAUGAAUGAAUGAAUGAAUGAAGUGGGUACGACAACAAGCAAGAAUCACAAAAUGGAUCCAUCCACCCAACAAUGCACAGGCUCCUUAUCCGUGGACGAAAUCACAAAAUGGAUCCAUCCACCCAAAAAUGCACAGGCUCCUUAUCCGUGGACGAAAUUUCAGAGCUCUUGUCGAGAGGUUCAGAGAUGGGGCUGGGCACGCUUUCACCGGACACCUCUCAGGUAAAAGCGAUGGUUGCGAAAUUGGACAAGAAUUUAUGAUGUCCAAGAGUCAGCGUAUAUAAGUAUAUAGGGAGUCAGCAAUUAUAAAUAUAUAGAAUAAGGAUACCUCGCCCCCAACAUCAAGAACAAACUUCGCUAGAGCAAAGAUUCAUAGUUACUGUCUUUGAUAAUAAAUUCUCGUAGAGGACGAGAAGGUCAUCAAGUGUCUGUAAUUAUACAACAUUGUCCUACUCGUAUAAGUUGUCGUAGAGGACGAGAAGGUCAUCAAGUGUCUCCUGUAAUACUAAUGCAUUGUCCUACUCGUGUGUCCUAGUAGGCGUCGUCUCUAACAAACGGGGACGGCGAGGUCGAUUGGGACGAAUUUCGAGCGUUCUUUACUCCGAAACUGCAAUAGGGUCCCAAGUAACUUUAAGGCCGUACCUAAUACAUCUGUUGACGUAUGCUCGAAACGCUGUAGUACCUAAUAGUACAACAUCUUUUGACGUAAUAUCCUUGGAACUACGUAUGGAGGAGUAUCCACCUAAGGGAAUGAUACUCCCCCAUAGAAGUACUUGCCAAGGAUGCACUUGGAAAAUGAAUUACGGACAGCUCUAAUAACUGCAAUAUCGCAGAAGCAACGGAAGAAGAGGAGGUCGUGUGGGUCCCAAAUGACUGCCACAGAGGUUCUUGCUUGCUGCGCAAGGGAUACGAUUUUUGCUUUUUUGGUGCAGGAGACGAUGCCCCUGAGCAGGACUCUGACGCAGGGAUGUAGCUCACCAUUCUAGGCAAUAGGAGGCAUGCUGGGAACAUCAUCAUCCUAAAUACGCGUCAAUUAUCGUGCGUAAUCGUAAAUACAGAGUGCUGCAGAAGAAGAUAUUUAUUAGACCAUUUGUUGUUUACGACUCUUUUUAUCAUCGACCACUAAGCAAAGGUACAUGCUCCUAAGCAGUAUUAGAAAUAGAAGAUAACUUACUCAACAUUUAAUUGAUUCUGAACUACGUACGUAAAGGUAAAUCAGUGUCGAAGUUUUUUUUUCAGUAAGCCAAAAAAAAAUACUUGUGUAUUUCUAAGAAGGCUCGCAAGAGUAGUUUUUCCUUACCAAAAUUCGUGGAUGCAAUAAUUCAUCUUCCUCUACUCAUGAUUGACCUAGCUCUUUUUCUGCUCUUUUAGUUGUAGAAUUCUUCCAUAUUGCUUCCAAAGGUUUCGACAUCCACGGGAUAAUCCCUGUAAACUAUACAACAUAGUAACUAAGUUGUAAUUGUAUUCAUAAGUAGCGGCUCGAUCUGAAGACAUGAGAAGAAGUGAUACAAACAAAAUUUACCUGGUCACAAGAGAUAUAGUCCUCGUGUUUUUUUACUAUAAUAAGACUUGAAACAAGACGAGAAGUAAUAAUUGUACUUUCCAGUAUUUACUGUACUUAUAAAUAGAUACCAACCAGGUAGUGCGGAGCUACAUCCCGUCAUUUACUGGUACUUACUCUGAUACAUCAGGUAGCUGUGCUACGGUUCACGUUCAUUCCUCAGAAGUACGUAGUUUGCUGAACAAAAGAAACUCAAGAAAAUUCUAUUCGAAAAACUCCAGUAAUUACCUCCAGAAUAGACGUUUUCAAUACGCAAUUGUGAGACAUAUGAAUGUUCAGACCUUGAAGAUGCGGAUGUUGGAGACGCAUGACAAUAACGCCAUUGUUGUUGCGAUCAUCACAGGAUUAACUCGCCAUCACGGGUGGCAGAAGCACGAUUUC